AUGAAGACCCUAAAUGACAAAUUGGAUAAACUCCUGAACCAGCAGCAGCAUGUCCAUGCCAUCUCAGAGGAGGAGCAGUUUCUGCAACAAGAUGGGGAGAAUACUUGGUUUGCAGACGUGAACUACAUCAACAACCACGGAGACCAACCAAAAGGAGAAAAACAGAAAGAGAGACGAUUCAUCCCUCCACCUUACAAGCCACCCUUGCCAUUUCCUGGACAGUUUCGCAAGGAACCUCUUGAGAAGGACAAAGCAUUGUUCGAAAAACAGAUGCAGGAACUCGAGCUCCGCAUGCCUCUAAUGGACGCCUUCACCCUGAUACCUCCCUACCAGAAGUUCCUGAAGGAUGCAGUGAUGGAACGGAUGAAGCAAGUCCAAGGAAUGGUUAUAUUCAAUCACGAGUGCAGUACUAUAAUCCAAAGGACUGCAACACCCAAGAAACUGAGUGAUACGGGGUCGUUCACAUUACCUUGCUCGAUUGGCCCUUUGAAUUUUGGAAGAUGUCUAUGCGAUUUGGGGGCAUCAGUUAGCUUAGUGCCUCUAACUGUAGCCAAACGCCUUGGGUUCGAGAAAUUUAAAUCCAUCGACAUACAACUAGUUCUAGCAGACCGAACUACAAGGUUGCCAACUGGAGUGUUGGAAGACCUGCCAGUCAAGAUAGGAUCAGUAGACGUACCAAACGACUUCGUAGUUUUGGAAAUGGAUGUAGAACAAAGGGAUACACUUAUAUUUGGACGACAAUUUUUAGCCACCGCGGGGGCAAUGAUAGACGUGAGGAACGGAAAGAUCAACCUGAAGCUCGGGGAAGACCUCACUAUGCAGUUUGAUAUUCAGGAAACUAUGAAAAAGCCCUCAAUCGCUUGA